AGUCUUUGCUGAUGUCCAGGAAUAUUCUGACUAAGAGGCUGGAAUACCUGAUGAUCUGAGUUUUUACCUGGACAAAUUCGGUGAGUUGGGGGAAAUGGUGGGGGGUCUUGUGCCUAUCACCAUGGUAACAUGAGGUUAUUGCUUCACAUGCACUACCUCUGCUUGUAAAUUGCCAGAAAGACCAUAAAAAGUUACAUAAGACAUGCAUAGGCUGGAGUAAUGUAAUCUAGAGCUUGGUGUGUUGGAAGCACUGUCCCUGCCCCCAGGCUGGCUGAAUGUGAUGGGAAUUUGCAGUCCAUAGCACUCUGAAACCUGGUACUCUUUAACUUUGACACACACUCAAAGACACAUACUCUAUCUAAACCUAUGCUUCCUAACCCUAAACUCUGUAACAGCUUCUAAACAUAUAGUGCUGGGUAUAUUGCUAUACCCCAGCAUCAUUUUAACACUGCAUGUAGUUUUAUGGCCAGUUAGUCAAGUAUUUGGUAACCUGUAUGGGUUGUCUCACAGGUUUCUGUUCUGGAUUAAUGAGGUUGUGGCGUUCUCAAGACCCUCUGGAUUGACCCUUCUAUGUAUUCACCUAGUGACAGAGGAGUUAAGAUUAAAUAUUAGAGGUUCUAAGGACCCCUAAUUACCUGGAGGAUGAUUAAUGAGCAGAAAAAGGAGUCAGUCCCGGCUACAUUCUGAUUAUUACAAGUGGGAAUUCUUAUUAAUCAAAAAAGAAACGUGAACUUAUAGUAUAACCAGAAUUAAACAAAUAUAUAUCUGCUGGUUUAGAGCAUGGUUGGUACAAAUUGUGGCCAGUCCAUCUCAGCAGUAAGUGUCCCUAGUGUAAACGUAUCCACCAACCUCAAAUCCUCAUAGAUUGUUUUUUUUUUUUUGUUUUUUUUCAUUCAAUUUGCUUUUAUUGACAUCAUAACAAUUGGCAAUACAAAGUUAUAUGCAUCAAUACAGAAGGUGGCAAAAAUAGUGUACAUGUCAGUUAUUGUUCAUUUGGUAUAAAGGUAUCUUUAGUAUUUAUGUGAAGAGAGCAAUUUUACAAAGCAACAGCGAGCAUCUGAUUCCAUUCCUACAUUGCAACAUCUUUCAGCAUUGACAGUUUUCAAGAAGGAACUAGUCUUAGAAAAAUAGAAAGAGAAUAUUUUCGCCAUUCUCACAAGUUUUAGACAUGAAAGCUAUAGAGAACACUCAGAUUCAGUCAUUUUAUUAAUUGGUAUGUUUGUGUUGGGAAGCAGAUAAACUGCGAUAAGGCAGAAACUUUAGUGCUCCUGCUGUGACCUUGUCUAGCCCUGCUUCCUGAGAGCGUCUCUACUGAUCCGUUGGGGUGGGGGGUAGGGAGUGGUUGUCGAGUAGUGGGGCGUUUGGGGGUCGAGGGUCCGUCAGGUAGUUUUUGUCCUGUGUGCGCGUUUGUUGUGGGUGUCCCCUUUGCGCUAGUCGCUGUUCUUUGAUGUGUGUGGGCGGUGGCUGUGUGUGUGUCAUGCGUCGGGGUGUAGUCUUGUUGGGGUGUCCCUUCUGUGUUGGUGUCUUUCUGUGUCUGUUUGGGGAUCCUAUUAGUGUCGGGGGUGUAUUGGUCGAGCGGGUGCUGUCCCGGGUUGUGAGGGUUGGGUGGGUUCUGGUAUCGUGGUGUAGUGCACUUGAGUGUUGGGCGUUUGGACAGUCUUGUUGGGUUGGUUCAUCCCCUGUCCGAUAUGUGUUGGUCAUGGUGGGUCUUUGUGGGUGCUGUGGUGUAUGGUCUGUCCUGUAAGGGAGGUGGCGUUUCUGCGAGUGUAGGUGGCAUUCUCAAGGCAGCCUGUCGGCAGUUGGUCAUGUAUUUUAACGUGUGUUGUGGGGGGCGGGUGGGAUGGGAGUGUAGGUUAAUGGGGUGAGGGCAUUGCGGGUGAGGGUAAGGUGCGGGAGGGUAGGGGGUGGGGUGUCAGGUCCCGGGUCCCCACCUCAACCCCCCCGCCUCCGGGGCAAGGGGCAUCUCAGGCUCUGAGUGGUCGUCUUGGUUUGGUUGGGUCGGUGGUUCAGCUUCCGUAUUGUCGUCCGUCUGUUCCGUCUGGACCGUCCCAUCUGCCUCUGCUGUCAGGUAUUGUGUGGUCCCCAUAAUUGGUGCGGUGGAGGCGAGCCAUUGGAGCCAGUGGUACCAUGCAUCAUGGUAACGUUGUAUGCGUCCCGUUGCGGAGUGGAUGAGUUCCUCGAUGCGUCUGAUGUCUUCCACUCUCGUUAUCCAUUCUCUGAUGGUCGGGGCCAUGUGUUGUUUCCAGUGUCUCGGGAUGAGGCUGCGGGCUGCGUUUAUUAGGUGUGGGAGUGCUGUUUUUUUAAAUUUGUUGAUUGGGGUCUGUGUAAGUUGGAGCAGGUAUGUGUCUGGUGAGAGGGGUAGGUUUGCUUCUGUUAUGGUUGUGAGUAUCUUGUGGAUCUCUGCCCAAAAGGGCUGGAUAAGGGGGCAGGACCACCAUAUGUGGAAGAGGGAUCCCAGUUCUCUCCCGCAUCUCCAGCAUUCCGGGUCAUUUGUGGUUUUCAUCAUGCUAAGUUUUUCCGGUGUCCUGUACCAGUGGGAGAGCAUUUUAUAUCCUGUUUCUUGGAAUUUGGUGGAGACGGAGGCUUUAUGUGUGAGCUCAUAGAUUGUAAACUUGUUUGUGCCGUACUUUUUUCUCCCCUAAAUAUCCCAUUUCCAUUAUUAUACAGUGCUGCAGAAUAUAUUAGUGUUAUAAGAAUGCCGAUAAUAACUGUGUAUUAUGGGAAUGUAAUGCCAUCCAAGGGGCUCUGGUGACAUCUUAAAAAAAAAGAAACAUAAACGGGUCAAAUGUUUAAUAAAUAUCUACAGAUAAAUAUCUACUUUCCCUUAAAGGACCACUAUAGUGCCCUGAGGGUACCCCCACCCUCAGGGUCCCACUCCCGCCGGGCUAAAGGGGGAGGAAGGGGGUUAAACACUCACCUUUCUCCAGCGCCGGGCUCCCUCAGCGCUGGGAACUCUCCUCCUUCUUUGGUCAUCAUCGUCUGAAUGCGCAUGCCGGUUUUAAGAUAAAAGAAGGUGAUGUCACCCACCAUGCAGUUUGGAGUUGGAAUACACAAUUUAAAUAUAGUAUUCUGCUUUUUUAUUUCAAAGGUGAGAUAAUGUUUUACAUUUUAAACUGGCAUAUUGCACAGUGCGAUUCCAGUUAGCGUUAAUCCUGUGAAUAAUGUCAUCUUAAACCCUCCUGGCAUCAAUCCUGACACCAAGUGCUUCCUUGUGUCUCACAUAUUUAUGCGUUCAGUGGUAAUAAUGCAAGGCUCUCCACUAAAGUAAGGAUUCAUGGUGAAUUUCAAAUUUAAGGUCUAAAUAACCAAACGGGAAAUCAUCAGUCAGACAGCUUCCAAUAUAGCUAAUCUGGGGUUCAAUUUGAAAUUCACUUGGAAUUCUCAUUUUAUUAAAUAACCCUGAGGGUCUUAAUGGUUGCAUUGCAAUGCAUAUGUCCUGCACAUGGGAAGUAGAGAUUUGAUGAUACAGGAGUGACACGGGUCACUUACAGCUUUUUACUAAAUUGAGUAUUGCUGGGAAUUUAACCCCUUAAGGACCAAACUUCGGGAAUAAAAGGGAAUCAUGACAUGUCACACAUGUCAUGUGUCCUUAGUGAUUUCAAAUUUGACAAAAUUGCGAAUUCAAUAAUGGUCAACUCGUUCCCCAAGUCCGCUAUGAUUCCAGAUCUAUUUUGGCAUAAGAGAACCUGUCAAUAUAAUUAUCCCUACACCAAGUUUUGAACUGAAGUGGAUUUAUUUUUAAUAAAGUAUAUGUAAAAAAUUAGAAAAACUCAUCCCCGCCUUUAGUAUAUGACAUGACUCUUCAGCCAUACACAUGCAGUUUGCGUCAGACAGUGUUUGGAAACCGACAGUUACAAAGUAUUCACUUAAAAUGAGAAUUUAAGCUGAAUUUCAAAUUCAAGGUAAAAACAGCUGUAGUGGAACAGUUAUCUAAAUCAUCAAUGCUUCCAGUUCAGCUAAUCUGACCCCAAAUGUAAAAUUCAGUUUGAAUUCUAACUUUAGUAAUAGCCGUGCAUGUCUCUGUCUCUGUCUCUGUGUCUGUCUUCCCUGCUUCCCUGCACAGAGACUAACAGUCGGUUUUCAAACACUGUCUGACACAAGGUGUUUGUAUGUGGCAGAAGGAUCCUGUCAUCUACUAAUGGUAGGGAUAUGUUUAUCUUAAUAUUUUAAAACAUUAAAAAAAAUAUAUAUAUAUAUAUAUAUAUCACCUUUUAAAACUUGAAAGGAUUAUUAUAUAAUUUAAAAAUAAAAAAUUAUUUGAGGCGACAGAUGUCCUUUAACCCUAUUUUUAACAGAUAUAUAUUUGUGAGGAGUGGAAAAUAAAACUAUAUGUACAAAUAUCUCUAGAUCUUACAACUGGGCGCCUCCAUCUUAGCUCCCUUUCAAUCAUUGUUAAAUAAUCUCUGUCCUUUGAUUGCGCUGGUUUAUAUUUCUGCUCAUCGUUGCAAUUUUUGCCCCGGUUUUCCUUUUCUGAACUGGAUUAUCACAAGGCAGAUAUAAAUGUAGAAUAAAUAUGAGUAUAUAAUGAGAAAACAAAGGUUAAGAAGUUACAGGUGAGUGAGUUUCAAUGUUUUAUUCAAUUAUUUAGAUUUCAGAGAAGUGUCAGUUCCUCUUUCAAUUUGAAAUUCACUUUUUUUGCACUUUAGUAAAAAUAACCCUCUUAGAGGUGCUGGCUUUUUCGAAUUCCUGUUUAUGUUGGUGUUUGGACUAAUUUUUACUUGGCUUAUUUAGCCUCUUCUGCUUUGUGGAUUCCCUAAAUUUUGAAUCGACUCAUUUUUUAUAUAUUAUUUCUGGUACCUUGACUUGUGUUUUGAUUUUGCAGCUCUUAAAGCUCUCUAAUGUUUUUCAUCUCUGGGAUUUUCUGUUAAACUCAGAUAUGCUAAGGACUGAUCAUUCUUCUUGAUUGAUUCAAGUAAUUAAUUAUGUUCCUCUCCCAUUAUUUCAUAUGUUAGGAGAGCGCCUCAUCACGUCUCUCGGCAUAUCAGUAUGAUAACUUAUUUUAUUAUAAUCGUGUACUGCUAAAAUGUAUAUAUAUAUUUGAUGCAAACACUAUUUCAGUAACUUUGCUUUUAAAUAUAGACCAAUGCCUUUAGUAUACAGAUUGCCAGCCAUAUAUCUGCCAUAUUUCACAUUGUAUUCCUCUGUCAUUUAAGGGGCCACUCCAAGCAUUAUAAACAGUACAGCCUACUAUAGUGGUUAUGCAGACAGGAGUACAGUAGCCCCGUUUCCCCCCUUUUUUUGUUACAUGGUUACCUGCUGGGCACCCCGGGUCCUAUAUGGCCGUUGAUGUGCUUCCAUCUUCUGCAGAGCUGCAGCAGCCACAUGCAGAUCCCAACGGCCAUUUAAUUUUCAGUUCUGGGUCGGCUAUUGAUUUCCAAUGACGCUGCCAGAUUUGCAUUUACACCUCCAACAGCAAAGCGAUCAAACUCCACAUAGCGAAAUGAUGCACGUAAGACUCCAGGAACCAUGGCCACUUCAGACCAGUGAAGUGGUCAUGAUGUUUGGAGGAACCAAUGUUUUUUGUUUUUGUUUUGCAUAACACUUGCACUUCAGUAACAAAGAUGCAAUUAUUUGUACAUUUUGUAGAUUCUGGAGAAGACUGCACACAUAAAGGUAAUGCAUUUCGUCUGGAUUUGAAGACUAACCAAUGACAAUGUUAACAGAAACAGACUGUGUUACAACCACCACCAUUCUUAACAAUAAAGGGUUGAAUGAAAUACCAUCUUAUAUCUUUGAGAACAAACAUUUAAAAUGUCUGCGGCUAGACAACAAUUCAAUAAGGACCUUGCCAAAAGAGGUGGCUAGCCUUUUAAAUCUAGAAAUAUUGUCCAUUGAAGGAAAUGGCUUGACAUACUUGCCGCCUGAAAUUGGUCAUCUUUCACAACUCCAAGCAUUGAACAUAAGCCAUAACCAGAUACAACGACUUCCGGAAGAGAUAGCACAUUUGAAAACUAUCAAGCAACUUUUUGCUAGUCACAAUAAUCUCACCCAAUUACCAACAACAAUUGGGGACCUCACAACCAUGCAGAUAUUGAGUUUAAGUGAGAACUCCUUGAAAACUCUACCAGAAUCAGUGGCCAAACUUAAGAACUUGCAUGUUCUUAAUCUUCAAAGCAAUCAGAUUUCUGUAUUGCCAAAACCAAUGUUUAAACUUUUACAUUUAGUCAAGCUUUGCCUAUCUGGAAAUGGAAUAAAAAGUUUGCCAAAGGAAAUGGUGAAUCUAAAGAAUCUUCGAGAGCUUUCACUGAGUAACAACCAGCUUACAUUUUUGCCAAUGCAGUUGUAUAACCUAAUUAAUCUUGAAGAGCUUGCUGUAGAUAACAACAAACUCACCGAAAUAUCAGAUAUGGUUGAAAAUUUGCAACAGCUUAAAGUCCUUUCAGUUGCCAAUAACCUACUUACAAGUCUCACAGAGAAAGUAUGCAACUGUUUCUUCAUAGAAUAUUUGUUCCUGAGUGGCAAUCAAUUAAGCUCUCUCCCCACAAGACUUCACAAAUUAAAGAAUUUGAGAGAACUGCACAUUGACCGAAACGCGCUGGGAAUUCUACCUGAGCAAUUGGCUCAUCUGAAAAAUUUGUUGGUGAUUUCGUGCACGGAGAAUGAUUUGACAAAUGUUCCUAUUGAAUUGAAAAACUGUACACAAAUAACCAAGCUGGACUUCAGUGGUAACAAACUGUCCGAGAUUCCUCAAGUGUUAUUUUCAAUAGCUGAGCUGUUGUUCUUAAUCCUUAACCAAAACGAAAUUACGGAAGUCCCUAAAAGUAUAGUAUACAUAAAGAAACUAAAACAUUUGGCAUUGAGUAAGAAUAAACUAAAAGAGUUCUCUGUGCAAAUCUGCUCUCUUCGAAACCUUGUCUUCCUGGACCUUAGCAAAAACGAUAUUAGCCAGAUACCUACAGAGGUGUGUAAUAUGGGGUCCCUCUGUGAGCUUCUUCUAGAUUCUAAUAGUUUAACAACUAUCCCACCUGAAUUGUGCACUGUAAAAAAUCUUCAAAAAGUUGAUCUUUCAAAAAAUCUGUUGCACACUCUUCCUGCAGCAAUCUGUCAACUACAGGGACUCAAAGAACUGAAUCUCUCCAACAAUCAUUUUAAAAAGUUUCCUAUUCAAAUAUGUUCUGUUGGAUCGCUGGAAAUACUGAAAAUAAGUCAGGAGAAUGGAAUUAAGGUAAACAAUGGGCAUUUUUUGUUAUUAUUUAUUUUAUAUCAUGUUAUACGAAACAUGCGCAUGAGUUUGCACACUUAGUUAUGUUUCUUUACUAACCAGUGAGUUAUGAUGAUCAUUAUUACAAAUUUAUGGUCAGUACAUAAGUAGAUGCUUCUGCAAAUACAUUAAGCAUACAUCACAAGUUAAACCAAUGGAAUUGGUUGGAAUUGUGCUUUGAGGGUGCUGAUCACAAUCCCAGAACAUUAAUGGCCUAGGAUGAAAUCCAUGCCUUGCCAGUCCUCCCAAGAUGUCCAUUAUGAUACAGUUUUAAGAACUAUAUCAAUCUAUUCAGUAAAUGCAAGGUUAUAGCUACUAUGCCAAGCAGUCGAUGCUUGAUGCAGUUUGGGUGAAUUCAUAUAUAAAAGAGCACAGAAAUUGACCCUCACUUUUUAUUUUCUUAAUUGGAUAGGUUAAUUAGGUUAGGUUUACAGGGUUUACUAUCAGCUGAAGGCUUACUGAUCUUAGCUGAAUGGAUCCCUGCUAAUUGUUGCAGUGACAUAUGUUGGAAAUUAACUUGACAGCAACAGAAUUACCUGUUAAAGCCAAGGCUGAAGUAAGGGUUAGGCGGGAUUUAGGGUUGCGGUAUUGCUAUUAUAAGGGGGGUUGUGAGCAGCAAUGGGGUGGCUUUGACUUAUAGGUGUAAUUCUCUGCAUUGGUAUGAAGGGAGCUCUGAUAUGUAUUCACUGCAUUUGUGAAUAGUUGAAUCAAUCAAGUUACAUGAAGAUGUGGCUGAUUUAAACAGACAACUAAACUGCAGGUGAAAGGAAGCAUAAAUUCAACUGAAAUGAUGGAAUAUGCCUUUUAUAAAUAGCUGAAUGGGUAACAUUCAGGUAAAACCUAAUUAUGGCAACUUUAUUUGCUGUUCUGUUACAAUUCGGCAUUGAGUGAGUAGACUCUUAGUUAUGGUUAGAUCUUGUUAAUAGAAUUUAAACUCAGGGGAACUAUAACAACUUUGGAGUUUAGUUACCAACAGUACUGAUAAAGGUAGGCCAACAAGUAAAAAAAAAAUAUAUAUAUACACACACACAUUUUUACACUAGUACCAGUAGAUGGCAGCACUAUCUCAAUCUGGGAUCAGUUGUUUUUUUGGUUUUGACUAGACAAAAUGAAUUUAUAAUUUUAGGUAUCACUUACACCAUACAAAUUGUAUCAAUAAUGUACAUGUAAUUUAAAAUAGUUUUCAUUUUCAGUUUAUUUAAUUACAAAGAUGUUCAUACCCGUGUUGUACCCAAUUCAAAGAGUGAUUUAGACAUGCUGUCAUGUCGAAAGGACAAAAUAUUAGCUUUGCCAUUGUGCUUCGUAUAUCAAAGAACAGAAUCAGAAAAAUACCACCUACCAGUCCUGUUUUAAUGGUGCCAUUAAGGGCUGCUCAAGAUAGUGUGGACAGUAACUCCCGUUAAUUUCAGAAAGGCAGAGAGCAUCCACAGUGAUUGCAGUUAGAAACCAUAGUUUGGGUUGUGACUAGUGAUGUCCCGAACGGUUCGCCGAACGGUUCGCAGCGGAUGGCGAACAUAUGCGGUAAACUUUGACCCUGUACCUCACAGUCAGCAGACACAUUCCAGCCAAUCAGCAGCAGACCCUCCCUCCCAGACCCUCCCACCUCCUGGACAGCAUCCAUUGUGAAGCUGCAUUCUUAGUCAGCUGUCCAGGAGGUGGGAGGGUCUGGGAGGGAGGGUCUGCUGCUGAUUGGCUGAAAUGUGUCUGCUGACUGUGAGGUACAGGGUCAAAGUUUACCGCAUAUGUUCGCCGUCCGUGGCGAACUGUUCGGGACAUCACUAUUUGUGAGAUGUACCUUUGGGUUAGAUCUGGGCAUCUUCACUCUUCAAGGAGGUUAUCACACAAGAGAAAGGGGAACCCUAUUCAAUCUGUGGAAACCACAGGACCAGCAAAUCCUUAGCAAAUGGUAUAUAGAAAAGGGGGCUUCAGGAACUCACAGGGUUCAAAAAAAGCAGAUUUAUUGGAUCAAUUUUUGAUCCAAUUUGAUUCCAACAUAUAGGACACAUUCAAUGUUAUUUUACAAACAUAUAAUUCUAGAUACUGUAUUUUGUACAGACUAUAAACAGAAACUGUGUAUGAAACAUAGUACUAUGAUAUAUAGUAACCAUACAUUCUGUUUACAGUUAACGUCUCUCCCGCAAGAGUUGUGUAAUCUGGUUAAUUUAAUGGAACUUGAUGUAUCGGACAAUGCUUUGAAGUACAUGCCAAACAGCAUUGGGGAAAUGAAGAACUUGUUUCGAAUAUCAGCAUCUAACAAUCAACUUACUGUUCUUCCCCAAUCCAUUGUCUUCAUGACUGGCCUUCAAGAAAUCAAUCUGAAAGGCAAGUGGAAAUGAUCUUACUGUGAUUUAAAAAGCCCCAAUAUACAUAAAUAUGUCACGUGAAGCAGAAAAAAUGAUCACAUAUUUAUAUGCAACCAUAGGGUGAGCUUAUAAACAAAAACUAGCAAGCUAUGCCAGAUAGCCAAACCAGGGCUGUCUGACGGCCUAACCCUAGUAAGCUGAUCCCUUACUAUCAAACAUAAAAUAUUAUGAAAGAUAUAUCGUGUCAGUAUGUAAAAUAAGCUUGUUUUUUUGCCUCGCUUGCACCUUUGCACAAUAUGCACUUUUAACUAUAAUUAUCCUCUACUAUCAUAUCCUUAGUUUAUAAUGGAGAGAGGGCAGGUAUGUAGGUUUGGUGUCUUUACACUCACAUCCAAGGUGAUUUACUAUUUGUCCUUCCUUAUUAUUGUGUAUCUAUAUCAGGAUUUUGGUUUUGCAACUAAUCUCAUAAAGUGCUUUAUUAACCAUUUACUUUAGGGGAAAUGCGUUUAAAUCACCACCAUCAUAAUAACCUUAUUAUGGAAUUUCUAUGGUGGCAGAGAGACUUAAAUUGAAUGAAAAAGUACAUUUAUUUAGUUGCAGCCUGUCAUCCUAUAGACCAUUUCAACCUCUUCCCAAGUAUAACUUUUUUAGAUACUCAUUGUUUUCUGGAAAUAGACUGUGGUUUUUGGAUUAUUUUUAGAUGUUCAGCUGGUGGAUGUGAUUAACCCCUUAAGGACCAAACUUCUGGAAUAAAAGGGAAUCAUGACAUGUCACACAUGUCAUGUGUCCUUAAGGGGUUAAAGCCUGAGGGUAUUUCACCACGUACCGAUUUAAUAUUUUUCUACACCUUGCUAGUUACUGCAUUUAAUGGACAGGAUAACAGGUUUACAUAUUCAUUGUACAUAUUGACACUUGAUACAUCUUUUAUAAUAUUCAUACGUGGUUGAUAGUAAGGGAAGGGAUCACCUUACAACCAGGCAGGAAUAGUGCACUCAUGUGCAACUAGUCUGCUCCUUUGCUUUUCUGUAUAUUUAUACAUGUGUAUUAAAACCAGAAAGCACCAGGUUCAGGUAGUUCAACUUGUAAUAACUACAUUUAAUGAUCAUGAACGCUUUAUAACUGACAGUAUCGAUGUUAUUAUAAGGCAUGGUAGGUCCACACCUCAAGGGUUCAAACAUGCUCAGGUAUACUCUCUCUUGGCCACAGGGCCAGUCUAGCUGCAGACCAUCCAUUUUCCUACAUUAGUUUUAAUUUUUAUUGAACAAAGGCCCAUGACGAGAAGUGGAGAAUGCAGCAAUAUUUUCCUUUCCUUCUGGUUCUAAACACAGAAACGUGUGUCUUCUUCCCAUUACCAUCAUGUAUCCCAGUCCCUCCUGAUCGCCUCCUCAUUUUAUGAGCUCUUAACCCUCCUCUUAUUCCAUGCCAUCAUACCAACUUUACCACCCCAAACGUUCUUACCCCACCACCCCGUCCAGGAAAUGUGUCUUCUUCACAGACCAUCAUGUAUCCUAUUCCCUUCUCAUCUUCUCUUAUUCUUCCUUUCCUUCCCAUACCAUCCCCUCAGCAUUUCAUGAGCUCUUAACCCUCCCCCCUCCUAUCCCAUACCAUCAUACAAACUUUACAAUCCCCAACCUUCUGCACCUCCACCCAUGCCAUCCAUGAAAUAGACAAAGAUAAUACGAAGAAUGUGGAUUAAAUUUACCUGCCAAAAUGGAAUAUCCACCAACAUUGUCUUCAAGGCAGAUGAUAAUCUACUGUCUAAGGAAAUGCAUUAUUACAUAGCAUGCCACACAUAUUUGUAUCAACCUGUAGAAACUUUGUCUGCAAGCUACACUAGAGGAGGUAAAACUAUAAAAAUAGGUUAAUUUGUCUCCUCAAUUACAAGGGGCAUAUCUCCUAUUAUGCUUAUACUUCUUAUAAGCACUGCAAAAAUGUUUCAUGUGAAUUAAUUUGAAAACAAAUGUCCGAGAGAAAUAAGCAUGGCUUUUGGCCACAAAAGGUCCAAGGAGUUUGUUUACUAAAUAGUGAAUUGAACUUCAUUGACCACAAGGUCGCAAAAUUUAGGGUCAAAUUAUUUGAACUGGAAAAAAUAAUUUCCAUAUUGGACCAGGAGGAGAUAUACUUGAAUAACGAAAAUAUGGAGAAAGUGGGCUAGAUACAUUGCUAAGGAUGGGAGAUGAGAAAGUGGGUAUGGCUGUACUAAAACUUGAUCUGGGAGGUUUGACAUCCAUUUGGGUUAGCCAUUAAAUCUGUGUAUUAAUAACGUAGCAUGAUGUGUGUAACAUGCAAAUAUUUUAUGUACUGACAGGAAACAAACUGGCAUGUUUGCCCACCGACAUGCAUCGGCUCCAUAAUCUGAAAGAGAUAAACGUUGAUAGUAAUCCAAUGCUCAAACCUCCACUCCUUGUAUGUGAAGGAAAACGUCUGUAUCCUAUUGGUCGUUACUUACAGGGGUCUGACCUUAGGGAUGGUAAGUAACAAAUCGUAUCACUUCUAAAAGUCUCUCCUAUGUUUCAUGUUUAAUGAUCAUUAAUUCACUGCAUUCUUAAAGGAUCAUAACAAACGCUCAUGUGUGAGAUUUAUACACAACCUAUUUAUAAAAGUUGUGCAAAUUUUUGGUGUCAUAUAAAUGUAUGCAUGUGCACAUACAUCAGUAUUAAUUAAUACUAAUGCAUCUCUCUCCCCAGCUCCCCUCACUUAAUCCUGCCCUGUACCCUAAUCUUCUCUUACUCCCCUUGUGUCUGGCUCCGUAUCUUCCCGCUUUCCUGUUUCUCUUCCCUAUCUCCCACUACCAUGUUUCGUUCCUCAAUAUUCCCUCUCUCCUUGUGUCCCAACCUCUCUCUUGUGUUUUUGUAUCCAAUCAUGUCCACAUAUUACCCCUUUCCUACCUGUGGUUCUGGUAGUGUGACCAGGUGGGAAGAUCUGGAAAUAUGAAUCUGUAAACUUUAUAACCAAUGAGGUCAGGUGGCAUACCAAACUAGUUGCUCACCCUUAUCAACUGGACACAUAAAAAAAUGUUGACAUUAAAAACUGUACUCACAUAUAUAGAAAGUUAAAUUCCAAUGUUUUUGUACAUAGACUAACUUAACUUCCUAACUAUUGAUACAAAUAGAUGUGUGCAUGAUCCCAAAUAAUGAAUGGAUUUUUUCCCCCUUCUUUUAGAGAAAAUCAUGCAAAAGAUGUUUAGUAUAGUGUCCUGUAAUGUUCCCUUAGACGAUUUCAUAUUUUUCUGCAAGAAGCUUCAACUUAAAGAUGAAGAAAUCAAAGUGUUUUCAAAAAACAAGUAAGGAUUUCAUGUUUUAACUCCGUUUUGUCUUUGUGCAUGACAUUAGUGUUGCUUAUCUUCCAAUUUUGGGAGGCACGUAACCAGGAUGGGAGGUGCCUUAGUAGGUAUGGUAUCAACAGCAUUCACAUCCCAACCUGCCCUGCUUGGUUGCCCACAUGCAGAGCACUUUGAGCGUACAUUGUAAUGAGCAGGAUGUUGCGAGUUCAGGCAGUUGAACUUCUAAUAACAUGCUUCCACUGCAAUUUCUGGGGACUUCUUUCUUGUGUCCUCAGAUGUGGGUAAACCAUCCUGGGGAAAAUGGUGGUUUUCCACCGUUGUGAGGUAUGGAAUUGUAAGAUGACAGUAUCGUAGUGACAGAGGCUGCAGUUGAUGAUAGAAAUAGCGUUGUAGUUAUCAUUAGGGGUAUAAAAACGUCCGUAGAUAGAACCCUGCUUACUUACUGGGAGGCUUUUUAGGCACCAACGUAUUAUUGGCCAGUUUAUGAAGUAUAUAUGCUUAGUACUCAUUAGCCUUCUUUUUUGAACAAACGUUAAAAAAAAUAAAUAAAUGGUACAUUAUACUAAUAAACCCAUUUGUUGUUUUAGUAGCAGGUUGCUUUCUUAGUUUAGGUAUAUGGAAAUAGUCUAGUUUACCAGCACCACAUCAAAAGGUGGAUACGUUUACUGUGCUUUGCUUAGUUGCAAUCAUUCCAUUGCCAGUUGAAUGGGAUAACUGCCAAUAUGAGAAUUAUUGGAGUAGAUAGUUUUACAUGAUCAUUCACAUUUUUUGUUGAGUUGAAUCCAAAGACUUAUGUAAAUCCACGUAACAUUGUGUCCAUUUCAGAUCUCUUCAACUCCAGGAAAAAAUCCUUCAGGCUCUGAAUCUCUGGAGAACUCGGAGACAUGCAAAUUCAACACCAGUAGCAAUUAUAGAUCAGCUGAUCAGAGUGCUAAUUAUGUCAGACUUGCUUGACGCCGUACAAAAAGCACAAACUGUGAAAAUAGCAUUAAAGACAGUAAAAUUCUAAAAACAAUUCUGUGUACAUUACUUUGGCAAGAAUGUAGAUAUACAUAAAGUGACAUUCCAC